GUCACAGGGAGGGGUUUCCCCGGAGCCCGGCCGCCCCGCCGGGGUGCGGCGGCGGCAGCAGCGCGGUGCGGAGCGGUGCGGAGCGGUGCCGAGCCAUGACCUCCCGCAGGUGGUUUCACCCCAACAUCAGCGGCAUCGAGGCAGAGAAGCUGCUCCUGACCAGGGGCGUCCAUGGCAGCUUUCUGGCUCGGCCCAGCAAGAGCAACCCUGGGGAUUUCACCCUCUCCGUCAGGAGGAACGACGAGGUGACGCACAUCAAGAUCCAGAACACGGGGGAUUACUAUGACCUGUACGGAGGGGAGAAGUUUGCCACCCUUGCAGAGCUGGUGCAGUACUACACUGAGCAGCAGGGGCUGCUGCGGGAGAAGAACAGCAACGUCAUCGAGCUGAAAUACCCCCUGAACUGCCAGGACCCCACCUCGGAGAGGUGGUACCACGGGCACCUCACCGGCAAGGAGGCAGAGAAACUUCUGACGGAGAAGGGGAAGCCAGGCAGCUUUCUGGUGCGGGAGAGCCAGAGCAAACCGGGAGACUUUGUGCUGUCGGUGCUGACAAAUGAGGAUAAGAUGGAGACGGGGGACAGGAAACCCCACGUCACCCACGUGAUGAUCCACUACCAGCCAGAUGGGAAGUACGAUGUGGGAGGAGGAGAGCGGUUUGACACGCUCACAGACCUGGUGGAGCACUAUAAGAAGAACCCCAUGGUGGAGAAAUCUGGAGCUGUGGUUCAUCUGAAGCAGCCAUUCAAUGCCACACGCAUCAACGCGGCCAACAUUGAAAACAGGGUGAAGGAGCUGAACAAAAUGGCAGAUCACAGCGAGAAGGCCAAGCAGGGGUUCUGGGAAGAGUUUGAGAUGCUGCAGCAGCAGGAGUGCAAGCUCCUCUACCCCAGGAAGGAGGGACAGCGACCCGAGAACAAGGCGAAGAAUCGCUACAAGAACAUCCUUCCCUUCGACACCACACGGGUGGCGCUCCGAGACGUGGACGAGAGCGUGCCUGGGUCAGACUACAUCAAUGCCAACUACAUCAAGAGCAUCCCUGAGGAUGGAAGGAACUCAGAGCACUGCAAGAUCUACAUAGCCACCCAGGGCUGCCUGCAGACCACCGUGAACGACUUCUGGACCAUGGUGUACCAAGAGAACAGCCACGUCAUUGUGAUGACAACGAAGGAAGUGGAGCGGGGCAGGAACAAAUGUUUCCGCUACUGGCCAGACAAGGGCUGCACCAAGGAGUACGGCUGCAUCUGCGUGCACAACGUGAGCGAGCGCGAGGCCCAGGGCUACUACCUGCGGGAGCUGGAGAUCGUGCGCACGGAUAGGGACGAUCGUCCCCGGGUGGUGAAGCACUAUCAGUAUUUCAGCUGGCCAGACCACGGGGUGCCCAACGAGCCGGGAGGGGUUCUCAGCUUUCUGGACCAAGUGAACCGGGCACAGCGAAGCAUUCCAGACACAGGGCCGAUCAUAGUGCACUGCAGUGCUGGAAUAGGACGCACAGGCACCAUCAUCGUGAUAGACAUUCUGGUGGAUAUUAUCCACAGGCAAGGCUUGGACUGUGAUAUCGACAUCCCCAAAACUAUCCAGAUGGUACGCAGGCAGCGCUCGGGCAUGGUGCAGACGGAGGCACAGUACAAGUUUGUUUACAUGGCUGUCCAGCAGUUCAUUGAGGCUGAGCAGAAGCGGUUGGAAGAAGAACAGAGGAAUAAAAGGAAAGAGCGAGACUACCUGAAUAUCGGAUACUCUCCUAUGGAAAAAGGCCGAGCCAAAGGGCAGCCACCUUCGCCACGGGCCCAGUCUGUGGUGGAUGAUGAGUCAGCUUCCGUCUACGAGAACCUCAACAUCAAAAGCCCAAAGGUUUCAGGGAUGAGUAACACGGGGCGAUAAAGAGUCAGAGGUGAGCUGUAUGGAGGCUGUACAGGAUUUACAGUGUUUACGCCCACCCUUUCCACGUGCUGCAACUGCGGACAAUGUUUUUUUGCCCUUUUUGCCUUCCCCCAGCACCUUGGAUUCAGCAAGGAGUUAAGAAGCUGACUGUAAGAAGCAAGCAGAGUCUGCGCCUUAAGAACAUGCCUUGACCUAACUUAUUCUCGAGAAGGAUCUUCUCCCGGUCUCCCCUGUAUCAGUAGGUUGAUAUUUAUGUGGAAGUGCCUCUGGACAUUCAUUGGGCAUCAAGGCUCAGUUUUAAUUUUUUUGUUUUGUUUUGUUUUUUAAUUUAAGAUUCUUAUUUUUUACAUGCAAAUUGUUAAAGGAAUGGAAACGACUAUUUGCUUAGGAGCUUGCCCAGGGUUGCCCGCUUAGGGCGUUUGUAAAGUAUUAGUGCACUUGGAUGUUUUCAUUAGGUCGAUCAUUUCCAAGCUAGAAGUGGUUCUAGACUAAUUCCUGGAGUAACUUCGCUGCCUGUGAAGGUGAGGAAGAGAGAGCACGGCCUGGCCCCGGGUGUACGUGCCUCUGAUUCUUCUCCUCACGUUUCCUUUGGGUUCUCCCAGUUCUAGCUUUCUAUGCAAGCCUGCCAAAGCACACCGGGCAGUGCCUGCUGCCACCGGGCAGCAGGAGGGUGUGCGCGUGCCUGAGAGCCCACAGAGCUCGGUGUCGGAGCAGAACUGGGGCCGGAGGGGGGCAUCUCCACCCUGGUGCGGGUCUGAACGUUGAGCUAUGGGAGAUCCCACCUAGCUGAAGGGUGCUGAAGAGUAGGAAAGCAGCUUUGUCUGUGCACUGUGCUUUUAGCCACCCCGAGCGAGUAACACAGCGUAGGAUGCUAGACUUGAGCUGAACUUGUGGAGCUGGGCCCCUCUAAGCUUGGCGCAGCUCUGCCGUUACCUUGCUGUAUGAGCUCUUUUUUCCCCCUUGCAACUGUAUGACGAGGCAAGUGCUGUGUCUGCUGAGCAGGGGUGCUGUAGGAGCGCUUGUGACUUGACCAGUGCCAUGAAGACGUGUGUUAUUGAGUGGAAUAUUCCAGCUCUGUUGAUUAAGUCUUGACUUGUGACUCCCAGGGCUUCCUGCCGUUCCGGCCCUGAAGUCUGCAACUAGCCCUGCCAAAGAACCCCUUUUUGCAGGAUACACCAGGGACUGAAAAUGCUCUCUCUGGGGAGUUUUGGGGCUGAGUGUCAGUGCCUGAAGGUCUGGAGCAUGCGUGGGGCCGAUGCUGAUGUCCUCCUAAGUGCCUGGAAGAGGGCAGACGUGCGGCCCCCAGCGUGCUGGGGCACUGGUGCCCAGGGUGCUGGCUCCCAGCGCUGAGCAGAAGGGGUUGAACAAAAGCACAAUGACAUACCUUGGCUGUAUUUCCUUGCUGGUCUUCCUGGUCCCUUGUCACAGGGAUGGGAGAACUGUUUAUUUUUAUUGCACUUUUAAUAAAUGUUGAAUAUUCUGAAGGC